AUGAUCCAGGGCUGCGACUGUAUCGACGGUAACGGUAAGGGUGGGAAGCCCAUCUACGGAAAACGCUUCGAAGACGAAAACUUUGCGAAAAAGCACACUAGGCCUGAACUGCUCUCCAUGGCCAACGCCAAUCUCAACACGUAUGCCUUCUAUUUUGCUCAGCUACACUCGGGGGCCUUGGAUGACUGA